AUCUUAAUGCACUUUACAAGAUGCAGUAAUAACAAGAAAAUCUAUAAUAUUUUAUUAUUUGUAAUUUCUAUAUUAUAUCCUUGUAGUUUCUUCCCAUUUAUUUACUACAGGACAAUUUAAAUGGGGACUAGUUUUUAGUACUUUGUUUAAAUUAUUGUACUUGAUUUAAAAGUAAGAAAUAAGAACACAUACAUACUGUCACAGCGGAAGUGAGAUACCUGCAAGGUCGGAUUGUAAAUAUUGUGACACAACAUCGUGACCCCUUGGUGUCAGUGUCGUAAAAGCAAAACAAUCAAAACACAAGACAAGAAAGCAAUUUAAAUACUUAAUCAUUUGUACUGUACAUUCGAAAUAGCGUUAAAGAGCGGUCAGUAAUAUCUGCAAGGUGUUGGAUAAUAAGUAAAUAAAAUAAAAAAGAACACAAACACGAUCAAAUGGAUAGAAGAAAGAAAAUAUAUCAUGCAAGAUCUCACUGACAGAUCAAAACACAAUUGUUUACGGAUAGCCAUUAGGCAGGAAAUCUAGUAAAGUGGAAAACUGUAGUCAUCGGAGAUGAGCAAGGAUAUCUCCAUUCACAGCUGGCCAUGCUCAUACUACGUAAGCAACGGAAAGGGAUGGGUCUGUGGCACCUUGUCCUUGACCCCGACAUCUCUAAGGUUUACAUCCAGCAAGGAUGGAGAGAACCUGGCCAGCUUCAGGCUCUUCCGAAUCAGUGAGAUAAAGAAGGAAUCUUCCAGCUUCAUAUUCAGCUCUCUCACUGUCACGGAAGGGAACGUCAAGCACUGGUUCAGCUCCCUGCAGCCCAGCCGGGCGGUGGUAUUCAAUGUACUCGAGCACUUCUGGAGGGAGCAGUUGCUGGGCUCUGGAGCUGCUGCUGGGGUGGAGACCUCUGAGAGCCAGACUAGCAAAGGAAAAGAACUGAUCAGGCUGGUGUCCGGCUCUCAGAAGAGACUGGAGGACACUGGGAAAGUGCUACACCACCAGGGGGAGCAGUUUGACAACAUCGUGGUGGGGCUGAACAAAAUUAAAUCUGAUUCAGAUGUGGCAGACAAGUUGCUCUCAGAGUUGGAGUCCCCCUCUUGGUGGCCCUUUGGUAAACUUCCUUGGAGAAGCCAGCAGGAAGUGAAAAUCCAGCAUGAGGCCUCUGCCUCUGCCUCUGCUAAAAAGGGCCCUGGGAAAGAAGGAGUCAUUACUGAAGUUCCAGUGAUCUUCUCCAAAGGCGAGGACUCAAACCUCAAACCAGGGAAACUAACAGUGCUGGUUUCAGCCUUGGAGAUCAGUGACUCUAGCUCUCAGCACGUACACAGAUACCAGAGGGUGGAGGUGGACGAUAUCCGGGUUCUCACACCUUUUGAGCUUAGCAUCAGGCAGAGGUUCAUUGGGAAACCAGACAUCAGUUACAGGCUGAUGUCAGCUAAGAUGCCUGAAGUGCUUUUCAUUCUGGAAAUGCAGUACAAGAAGAAGAUCAAGUUUAUGCCUGAUUAUUCAGCUUUCAAAAGCACCCCUGAACAAUCUCCCUCCGAUCCAGAAACUUCAAUAUGGAAUUCAGCCAGUGGCUUCAUUGACUGUAUUAGACUGUCCGAGGCUCAACCUGGAGAGCAACAAGCCCAGCUGCAGGUGCAGGUGCUCCAGCCUCCUGUGUCUGACUCAGAAGCCCAGGAGCUGAAACAGAUGGUUAUGAAAUUGAAGAACCUGGCCUUGGAAGCAGAGACAGAGUUGGAACGACAAGAUGAAGCCUUAGACAUCAUCACUUCCUCCGUGGAACACGCAACGACACAAAUUGACAAACACACACGUCGCAUGAGGAAGCUACUGUAGCCCCCCAGCCAAUAAGUCCAUGCAGGACAAUGCUCCAUGCCACACAGCCAGGUCAAUCAAGG